AUGCCUGUUGCUAGAAUUGUCACUUCCCCUCACUUCUCUAUCCUCUCACCCGAGAAGCUUAUCAAGAUUGCUCCUAACCUUGCCACCUGGGGUGUUGGUGCUGGUUCUGCUGUCCUUCUUUUGGGCUCUGAUGUUCCCUUGUUGAAGAAGGAUAUUUUGAGCAAGAUCCCCGUUGUUGGUAGCUACUGGGCUGUUCCUUCUGACGAGUAG